AUGCCGCUGAGCUUGCAUCCUCACUUGAAGCGGGGACUGGACUUUGACGCCUUCCAUGUCGACCCCAAAGACCUCAUCGAAGAACCACCGGCGGAGUACGAAGACCCUGCGCAUAGGGCAGCGAAGCGACGAAGGAUCGAGGCGAUUGCAUCCCGAUACCUACGCGGCCGACCGCCCGUCAUAAUCACAGCCGCGCUCAGAGGGCCGUUCGACAAUGGCUGGAAGAACCCGUGGACGAAGCCCAUAGUAGAGAAACGGAGGGUAUCGGGCAAGAACAAUGCAGUAGCGGGCACAAGGAACGCCAAUAGCAAGAAGGUCGCUGCCGGUCGCAAUAACACUACCAAACGUAGGAGCAGUUCAAGGCUGAAUGAAGGCAAUGAGAAGGACGUCGUGGAAGAUGUUGCGCCCCAGAUGGCGUCACCGGAAACAUCUAGAGCGGCCAGGGACGAGUUGGACCACCGCGAACACGACGAUAGCCUCGACGAAAUCGAAGUCCCGCCCGCGACAGCACCCUUACCCGACGAUGAUGACGCACCCGGUACCGCAGAGCCCUUCAGCACCAACACGAACAAUUGCAUACAGAACCGCUCCCCUAUGACCAACCCCUUCUGGUUGCGCCGCCCUGAGUCUGCAAGAGUCGACAUGCGCAAGGCUGCAAAUCGAAACACCGACACGUCCCCAACGCGGUCCCGGUCGCGAAAUAGCAAUUCGCAAACCCAAACCCAAACACUGUCAGAACUACGGCUCAGUCUGCCAAAAGCGCCCAUUCAGGCUCAGAGGUCGGCUCCGGAGACACCAGCACAAGAGGAGUGGAGAUCAAGCGCCUCGGCUUCCAUGGUCAUUUCAUCGCCAGCCAAGGAUGCUGAUACACAUGGUCAGGCUGGGCCUGAACCAAAUGCAAGCCCACCACGUUCGCAACGGACUGUGCCGAUCAUCACUUCUUCAAUGGACAGUCAAGGAAGGCCGACAAGACAAGACAUACAACAGUCUGCAGAACGUCUAGGCCGCCAAACACCUGGAUUGUCAUCAGAAGGACAGCCACAGCGCUCAAGUAGUCGAAGUACGCAGAAUGCACCCACGCCUACAGAGCCCCAGCAUGAUCGUGUGGCAUCGCCUUUGCCGGCUUCUUCAGCUGGCAAACCCCGUAGAAAGGCCAAGCUGAAGCCGAGAGCAGUCAAUUUCGACUCAUCACCAGAGAAGGUUCCCUCUGCCAAGAAAACCUGUGCAGAGGAGGACGUCAUUCACAAGGAGGCCGACGAUGAGCUGCAGGUGGAUCGAACAGAGGUAAUUGUGGUCGAUGUACAAGCGUCUCCACAAGUCGAAGGAGAUGCCAGUGUGAUCCAGAAUGAAAACUCUGAAUUGCGCACGAGUCGGUCUAGUCGAGACUCUGACUGGUCUACACAAGCCGCCAUGAUGCGAGCUCAGCUUGAGUUCCAGCAAAGUACUUUCCCCAUGAUGUCCCCGGAGGUUCUCCAAUUGGACUCGCAAACCUCACUUCUUGAUACACCCCGUCCCAUACUAGCCGCAGCCAGUGCAGCCGUUACACCUCUUUCUGCCUUCACGGUCCAGCGAGACGAGCCACUUGCACCCGAGACUAUUCUCCAAGCUCCACCGAUCAGCACGCAAGACCUCUUCGGCGCAGCGUCUCCGUUCGCAUUUAGUACCGUGAAAAAGAAGCCGGAAGAAACGCAAAGAAGCAACUUGAGGUUCGCUUUCAGCCCUAGUGAUGGGGUACUGGGAGCUGACGCGGUCGCUAAGAGCCCCACUCCUACUGCUGAGCGGGUCCCGCUGAAGAACAAGGACAACAUAACGUCCUUCUGGAGCUUCACCACGGACAAAGCUUCCCAAACAUCUCACGGAUCCUUUGGUGACAGGUCGAAAGGGGUAUUGAAUGAAGUCGGAUUUCCAGCGCUGAACAUCGACACGUCACUUGGCGACUUCGGCCCUACCGGUAGUCUGGAUUUCACAGAUCGCUUUCUUCGCAAUAUAGACGACACUUGA